GUAAUGGCGCAGUAUACUCAGGGCGGUCUUUGCAUGUCACCUUUAAAUCAUUAGUAUUGUGAUCCGCUAAGAACUGCGGGGUUGUUGGCGUUAUUUCAAGCGACCUCUUAAACGCCGAGACCAAAUGACGUGCUGAGUGGGUCAAGAUGAAACUGUCCCCCGACUGUUUAGAAACAGGACAUUUUAAGGGUGACUUAUUUACGCAGGCAGGCUCCGUGGCGCUCCGGGGAUUAAAAGGAAGGUCUUCGCUUGCGCGACAGCACUCGCCUUGCGGGGUUGUGGUGCGCUUUUUUUGAACGGCUGCCUUCACGAAUUUCCCUUUUGCAGGGAGGUCUUCGGUUCCGACUGUAGACCUGGCUACUGUAUGUGGCAUCUCAUCGUGUUUGAACUAGCCAGACAGCUACGCUUGCUUCCGCCGUUAGUGGCCGUGCCUGUUUGAGAAACCCCUCAGUGCCUCACAAGCAAUGGCAAACAAAGAUGGCGGCUCCCAGCGCUGCGCAGUAACGGUGUACUGCCUACAGAUUAUUGCUAGCAAAGUUUCUCAAAUAUCAACUUUUGUGCCAUCGCCAUAGACGUAGGAGAGAGUCUAGUCAUGACGUGGUAGCUGAAAGCAGAGCUAAGGUGAAUGUGUUCUUGUUUCUUGGAAGAUGUUUUCAGUGCGGUGUCGGUAAAUAACGCUGGCUCAAACCCCAGGGGCGGCGAUGCCGAGGCCAGGGAAGAAGCCGGCGGGGGAGGCCUCCAACUCCAACAAGAAGUGCAAGCGCUACUUCAACGAGCAGUGGAAAGGGGAGUUCCCCUGGCUGGAGUUCGAUUACGACAGGAAGCUGAUGUUCUGCGUGGCGUGUCGCCGGGCGCUGGUGAGCAACAAGCACGGCAAGGCGGACAACGCCUUCACCGUGGGCACGGACAACUUUCAGCGGCACGCCCUGCUGCGCCACGUCACCUCCGGCGCCCACCGGCACGCCCUGGCGGCCGGCCGGGGGCAGAAGGUAUGGGAGCCCCUCGGGCCCCAGAAUGAACGCGACCUGAAGCCGCCAGUCAGGAGGCUGGUCAGCCCAGCCAAAAUCGCCAUCAUGACCACGGUUUACUGCAUGGCGAAGGAAGGCAUUCCAGAUUCAAAGCUUAGUUCGCUGCUGGAGCUCCAGAAGUACAACCUUUGCCAGUCUUUACUGGCUGGGGAAUGCCAUGAUUAUUACUCGGCUCACAGUAUAAAGGAAAUGCAGGAGGCAAUUGUCAAGGUUCUUCAUGAUGAAGAUAGCCGCAGAAUGACUGAUUCCCCAUUUAUUGGGCUCAUUGUGAGAGGAGCUGUUGACCUUUUGGAAAAUGAAAAGCUAGUUCUAUUUGUGAGCACAGUGUCCCCCUUUGACCGACAUGCCUCAGUUAUGUUUCUCGGACUUUUUGACCUUCCAGAUGGAGAAACCGAGACAGUCGUAGACAGGCUAGUAGAAAUCUUCAGCACCUUUAGUGUUCCUCUUUCCAAGGUGUCUUGGCUUGCCUAUGAUGAACCAAGUUUGAGCACAAACAAAAUCAGCAACGCUGUGUCCAGACUGAAACCUUUGUGUCCUCUUUUAAAACAUUUUCCCUGGUUAUCCUCGAAUGACUGUCUUGCUCUGUCCGAUAUCAUCAGGGAUGUUGCCUACCUUAGAAAGUAUGAAGAAACUGUAGAUGCUGUCUUUCGUCUAUUUUCCAGUUAUGAGGAUGACAACAACAGCUUGGAAGAGCUGGAUAAGGUCCUGAAGUCCAGCAAGAUUGACCUCAGGGACUGCAAGCCCGUUCAAUGGGCAUCAGUGUUGCCGGCAGUAGAGGCAAUAAACUCAUUGUGGCCCACACUGGUCCUGUUUCUGGAAGAGUUGGCUGGAAAAUCUCCCUUGGCCUUAGGACUCUGCAAGGAGCUCAAAAAAUUCAAUUUUGUGGCCUUCACAAAAGUAUUGAUGGACGUUCUGCCCAUCCUGCAGAGGCUCAGCGCGUUCUUCCGAGCUGAAGAGCUGAAUUUGUCCGUCCUCAAGCCAGUCAUAUCGGCAUCUCUGGCCUGCCUGAAGGCACUAAGGUCAGCCAGUGGGUGUCAGUUUCAGGAAUUCCUCUGUGACAUGAACGAGCACCCUCAGGAGGACUGCGAAAAGGGCGUCAGACUGUACUAUAAAGGAGUGGAGAUGACCAACUGCUCCCAGGAAGAUGUACGAGCUUUUGGGCAGCUGAAAGAUGCCUACCUGGGCACUCUUUGCAAGAGCCUGCAGGAUAGACUACCGGAGGACAUUGUGGAACUUGUGAAUGCCUUCGUGGUGCUCUUCAGCCCCCAGUGCUACGUGCAGGCCUUGGUUGAUGACAUCAAGAGCUACGGGGCGACUGAGCUAAACCUGCUGCUAGAUCAGUACGGGGGCCUGGUGAGCCAGGAGAGGGCGAGGACUGACUUCCCACUCUUCAAGCGCGUCGUCGUCAGCCUCGGCCACCUGUCUCUCCAGCAGCUCUGUGCUCAGCUGGUGUUCAUUGACUCGGAGAUGCGCGAGCUCUUUCCUGACUUUGCCACGCUGGCUUCUCUGGCCUCGGUGUUACCUGUACAGCCUGCAACAUGUGAAAAGGUUUUCAGGGCCAAAGACCAAACCAAAAAACUCCUGACAGAAGAGGGCUUGUCCAAUGUUGUUAAGAUUGCAGUAGACGGCCCAACCAUCAGUGAAUUUGAUUUUGAAGCUGCCAUUGAACAUUAUGAAACCAUUAAAGAUAAGCAGAAUGUUGUGUGAUGAAUUUGGUGCUUUUAUUCACUUUUUAUAUUUUUGAUUCUGGACUAAACCAAAAAAGGAGCAGCUUGCUGCCAUUUCAUUGUAACUUAAUGGUAAAAGUUUCUGUACUUAUUGUUGCCUUAAGCACUUGGUUCCUUGUUUUCCUUAUUUAUUAUGUAGUGAAAGUUGUGAAAAGAGGGGUGAGAUAACUUCACAGAAUCAAGUCCAUUAUUUUCAAAUAAUGAUGACAAAGAGAAGGCAGAACAAAAUGUUGCAUGUACCUUUAGGCUUGUCAACAAAUAGCUGCUCAUAAGGAGCAAUUGAGUUACAUCUCUUCAGGAGGAUGCAUCAUAUGCUUAUGUGGCCUGAAGUAUUUCCUGUUGUAUUUUCAUGUAAAGUGAAAGGUUAAUGCAGAAGAUCAGUAAUGAGACUGUAUAAUACGGAUAAUAAUAUACAUCAAGAAGCGGUGAUAGUGUCCCAGGAGAAUAUAUUCUAAUCACAUGGGUCAUGUAGUUUGCAGUUUGAAGCACAACACAACAGGCAAAGGUAGUUGAUGUAUCUUUUUGAAAUGGGGAUGAGAGGAUGGGAGUUUUCAGGUGUCCUGGGGUCACCAAAUGGCAUAUGGGAACAUUAAAUGUUCUGAAAAAAGAAACCCCCAAAUACCAAGUUUGGAACCCAGGUAUUUAGGUAUAUAUAGCAUAUAAUGACAAAGAAGGAUUCCCCAGCACUUUUUACAGCUAGUACCUCCUGCAACAAGUCAUUUCAAGUCAGGAUGGUGCCCCCCUUCCCCCAUUCCUAACCUCCCCACCUCCCAUCCAACAAAUAACUUUCUAAAUGUCAUGGUGUUUGCUAUAGCUUAUCUCUUAACCUAGAAGAUAAAACUAAGAAAAUGAGACCUGAUCAAACAGUUGUUUAUUAAAUACCAGUAAAUAUCAAAGACAGAAUAAUACUGAGGCUUGGAUUUAAUACAAAAAAUGGAGCACUUGUCUUAUUUAUCGUCGGUCAUGAAGCCGUCUCAUUUAAACUAAAUGCAAUGUUCCUUUUUUCUUUUAUUUUGCGCUGCAGUUCCAAGUCACUCAAAGGCUGUAAUCAUGAAAAAUAAUGUAAUUGGGAUAAGAAUUGCAAGCUGUUCCAAUAAUUCUGAAUAUUUCCUUUGCUAAACCUGCUCCUAACUGCUGUAGAUACCUUAGAAACUUUGUUCCACAUUUUCAAUGUAAAUAGCUUUUUAUCUUUUUUGUUUUUGAAAAGGCUACGUGUGCUGAAGGCCCAUAAAACCAAUAGCUAUAUAAGAGGAGCUAAGGAUAGCUAAAAUAAAAUGAAUGAAUUCAUCCCAUGGGUCUUCAGAAUACAAACAAGGUGUUGAUAAUCAGAUUUUACCGGCAGCUCUUGCAUCUGUAAAAACAUUCCUAAUCUGCUGUGUCGUGUCAGCAGCAGAUCUUAUUUGUUCUAAAAAUGGAUUUUUCCUCAUGAACUGCUGAGGAGAUAAACCAUAUAAGGUUCUGAUUUAAUCUUUUAGUUUUCACAGUUCCUUCACACUGUUUCUCAAGCGUUUCAAUUUCACAUCUAAAAUAGCUUUACUUUUUAAGCACCAUUUAUCCCGGUUUAAUCAAAGGCUUCAGUUUACAUGGUGUAGCUCUGACUACAUGCUGUUUUACUUACCAAACUUAAAGGGCUCCUGGGCCAUUUUUUUCGAAGCCUUAAUUUUCACAGUGUAUCACUCGGUAGAUUAAAAGAUUUGUCUUUUUGUGAACUAUUUUUCUUAAGCUUUUUACGGUUAAAAAGUCGAUGGCUAGAUUUCAAUCCUGAUUUUAUCACACCUGAGAAGCCAAGCAAGGCUGUGUCAGGUCAGUCAUGCUGACCUUGGAACUAAACAGGUUGCUACUGCAAGUAUUGUAUGUGAACCUGUAGGUGGCGAUCUUCCCUCUUUGCCAGAAUUUCCAUGCCAAUGUCCCUAGGUGUCUCUGCUAAAUUCUACCCGGGGCUUGUUCAGUCUGGGUUUUCUAAAGAAUGUUCCCCUUUAAGUCAAUUUGCAAAAUAAUUUCUCACUUUGCCACCUAAUCUGUUCUGUACUGGGGCUGCAGGCAAAGACUGUCUGCCUGUCUUGAAUGCAUUUCAGUGGUGGCUUAGGUGGUAUAAAUACAAGGACUUCUUCAAAUGUUUUGUGAGACACAGCAUAAGGUUACGCCACUGGACCCCCGUUUGAAGAAGGCAGUCGUAAAGCAACACACUUGUCUGCAAGUGAUGAAAGGCUUAGGACCGCAGUAAGCGAUGUACACCUGCUCUUUUGCCAAAACGUCCAUACUGAGACACAUGCCUUCUCAUGUAUGGGUAUGAGUCACCUGAAAGUGAAAUACAUUCAAGUUAUGAAAAGGUCCACAAGAAAACUGGAAAUCUUGUGAAAUAAGAGGUGCUUUAGUAAUAUUUGAAGUUUUCUUAAUAUGUGCACUUCAAAGACCAUGGUCAUAUGACCAGAUUGCCUGCAUCUUGGAGAGCGACCCUGAUGUGGCACCGGUUUCAUGUUUAGCGUGCAGUUUGAAUGGUACAGGCAACCAAAAUCAUCAACGACAUGUCAUUCGGGCCGAGUUUAGUUAAGUGCAGAAGCCUUCACAGCAGAUUUCCACAGAGUGCUUUUGCAACAUCAAGUGUCGCGUGUUGUGCUUCUGUGUGAACAUGCACAUCUGGCCGCUGUGAGCAGGGCGUGUGAAGUUUCAGAUUUGUCCUCGGUUGCUUCCAUCUUCUUCUCAAGAAAUGAACAGAAAGCUCGGAGCUGGCAGAAGUAGUGUGGUGUACUGUUGUACCCCAGAGGGGUUAGGGGACAGUCAGUCAAGAUCCAAUAGAAUUGUUAAGUUAUACUUUUUGUGUAUUGCAAUUUCAAAAUUGAAAAAAUUGAGAAUUAUUUUUCCUCCUAUUUUCAAUUUCUAGUGAAAUUGAUCACAAUAUACGGAUAGAGUACAGUUUCACAUGAUGUGGUCACAGGGUCUAGAUUAAUACUUGCUGGGCAUUGCUCUGUCAUACAUGUUUUCUGUUGGCUCUCCACUCCCCACAGACUGGAACGGGCAUAAAACAAAUAUUAUUCAAGUUAAAUUUACAUGACAUGACAUCAGUAUAAUAGAAGGAUGUUCCUUUUCUGAAGAUCGUUUCCAUGUGCUUGUCUGACCAAAGCAAAUUUUCAACAGAUGAUGGUACCUUGUAAUGUUUGCCUAUAUUUCACAUUGUCUUUUGGAUAUACUGUGCUAUAGAGGUUCUGGGUUUGUCUUUGAGAGAUUGGACAAUUUCCUGUUCCUCAUAGCAGUUGAGUUUGGCUCAUUUUUUUCUGGCCUACAGUGCAUAAUUCUGUUUACAUGGAAGUUUGAAAAUCUGAUUUGUGUUAUGUUAAAUGCUUUGAAGGAUGCCUGUGCAGUGUGAGCAGGAGCUUUGUUGUUAAUGACAUGCUGUUCAUUUCUGUUGCCUUUUUGAUUUCUACUUUUGUAUUGGCAUAUAUUUCAUUAAACUAUCUUUUUUUAAAAA